GCCACCAACCACAGUUCCAACAUAUAUGAAAAAUAAUGACAACUCUCUUUAAUCAUAACAGUAGCGCGAUUGACUCAAAGUCAAGAUUGUCGAUUCUUCUUGAACGCGAGGCCGUUCUCUCUCGGGAAUAUACCGUCUCGAUGCCACUUCUCUUAGGCUCUGGGUGGUUUAUGUAUCUACUGCCCAGGAAAUGCUGAAUUAGACUUAGAUGUUCUACGUAUCCCUUUAGACGCCAUUUUAACUUCGCAGCACAGGGAUGUCGUUAAUGAUCCCCUGUCUAGUGUCCUUGCCUUCCUAAGUUCUUGGCAGCGUUCAAAGGGAUGGUGCAGCGGUGGAAGAGUAAAGACGAGAGGGGUUUGCGCUGCAUGCCUCGAGGGAGGCUUCUGCUGUGUCAUACACUUAGUCCGGUUCUGCUCCAUGCAGGGGCAAGUUCUCCAUCUCCAUCUCACUUUUGAUGCCUACAACAAGAAAGCAAGGAGCGCUGCCUCAAGCAGGCCUCCAGAAAGGCAAUAAUAACGAAAUCUCUGAGCAGCUUUCUACAGCAGCUCCAAAACCGACAGGCCGUCGAAGCGAGCGAAUACGUGCCCAAGAGCUCCUUAAGGCUCAUAAAUUGUCAGUUCACAAGCCUGCUACUACAAAAAGCCCGGGCGAAACGACUCGUGAGACGAAAGCACGCCGUAGAAAGCUGCGCAAGUUAAACUCUGGGGGGAUAAAACGUUCGCCAAAUCGCGAAGUCGUUACGCCUCGUGACCGCAGCUCUGCCACAGCUCCGAGUUUACCGGCGCAGGACCAGACCAAAACGAGACGUACGCAAGAGGUAGCAAGGGAGAGUAUUCAAGAGACGAGCGCACUUUGUCGCCUCCAAGAUUUUGCUGAUUACGAUCCCGACCCUCAAAAGCUACGGCUAUGUUCGCGUCUCGACUCGUGGUUAGAAGAAGUGCGCGUUUCGCCGGUAGCCGACGUCGACCCGUUCUUUUCAGAUUUAAAAAGACUCGGUAGUAGUAGUGACAUGGCGCGCUCUACUUCCUAUUCAACAGAAGAAUCUGCAGCUGCAUCAGAGCGACAAUCUACGGUAAACCCGGAUAGAACAGAGAGCGCAAGAAGGGAAGCCAAAAAGGUCUCAUUGGCGGAAGGCUUGCGAACCCGCCUGGUAGAGUUUGAGGAGCGCGUCGAUGAUCCGAAGACGGCUGAUCUUAAGGUUGUUAUAAUUACAAAGGCUGGUGCUAUUCAAUUGGAACAGACGACGCUGUUACGCAAUAAGAUCGAGUUAUUCCUCAGCAACCAAAAUGACGCCAAUAUCUACGACACAGUGGAAGAAUUGUCCGAUGCUAUAAACGAGUGGAAGUCAACAGUCCAAAUGGCGACUAUAACAAACCGAGAUUUCGAAAGGGACCUCGAACAUUGCAAGCACCCCUCCAACGCGGCCGUAUUUCAGCGAACCGUCAUGAUGUCCAUCCUCAACCGCCACCAGAUCAGCGACAAGUUCGACUUCAAUUGCGAAGGUGCGUGGUCACUACGAAGUAAUUACUACGUGCUGCCAUCGACAGAAGAAAAUACCAUUCCAGCCCCCAAGCCAGAUCUUGCUAUCUUCUUCCGUUUCAAAUCGCUCGUCGGACGGGGGCCCUACCAGAAAUCUACGCCCAUCCCGGACGGCUUCAAGGCGUGCAUGAGCCCGGACGGGUCCAUUAAUCGCUGCUUCCCUUUCAUUUUCAUCGAGGCGAAGAAAGGGUUCCACGACCUGACGCCGGCACUCAUGGCCAACAUGCACAGCGCUAGCCAGGCGCUCUUCAACAUCUAUAUUUGGAUGAGCGCGGCCGGACACCAAGACGCAUUCUUCUCCGACGUACGCCUAUUCUCCAUCGCCAUCAACGCCAAGGAGUUCGCGCUCCGGGUUCAUCGGGCGCAGGCCGUCGAGGAGGGCGAAGGGUUGGAGUUUUACUACGACGACAUUUGCGACGGGCACGGGUACAAAAGGGACCAUAUCUGCAAUCUAAUCCGGAAUGUACUAGUCGGUUACGCGGAGAAGACACUGCUUGGUGUCUUGAAGCAGAGCGUGUCGGUCGUUUUGAGAAAUGCAAGGCAGAUGCAAGCGCACAAGAGGAAGAGUGAAGUGGCUGGUCUUGUGGAUGGUGAUCCGCUAUCCAACAAGAAAACGAACAUAGCGAUCUCUAAUCAAAUUUUAGACCCGUCGGGCUCAUUUGGGAUCAGUCAGGUGGCCAUUUGACGUGGCAUCGAUCAGGAAUCAUACUACAACGAGGGCAGAUAACUGGGCUUGGAACUUGAUGAUAUUCAGGAUACAGUGAUUUAACAAGGCUGCAAUGGUCCUUAGCUAGUCAGUUCCUUCUUGGCCUUGGUGGCUUGACCUGACUCUAUCAUACGUCUGGUCUGCCAGCCCUAGUGGAUUGGCUUGUUCCAUGAAGCGAAGUCUGUACAAUCUUAUUUUCAAUAUUGCCUGCUUGUUUCUGAAGAUCAUGAACAGCCUGCCU